GCAUAGUAGUCCCUUCUGCAUGUUUCAUUUCGUUUGCGAUCAGCUGAUGAGAAAUUUUUCUCAGUCUGCUCUAGUCCUUUGAAGUGACUGGGCUGCUUUCUACUGUUUUAACUAUUUCCUGCUUAAUAGUCUAUAGAACCGUUACAAAAGAACAAAGGAAGAAAAAAAUUUGAAUAGAACAGUCGGUUCGAGUGCUGGAUAUAUUCGGAAGAAUGACAGAAGAAAGCUUCAACAAGGCUCCCGGAUCGGAACUAUCUAGAAAUCGAUCUGCAGUCGUCACCAUGGGAAACGUGAGAAUGUCACCAACAACUUCACCCGUUCCGUCACCUCUGGAGAGAUUUUUCAAUCCAUCUGAUUUACCAUAUACCGUGUUGCAAUAUGGACACAUGCUGACAACGUUGGUUCAUCCGGGAUAUUCCGUUUUUCCUCCUCCCCCUCCGCCUGCGCCAGUAACCAUUCCGGUGUUCUAUCAGCCGAUUAAUGGAAAUCUAACGCAACCGCAGACAUUCGAUGAAAACAUGUUCUACAGAUACUUUCCGCAAAUGAAUUACAGGAACGAGCAGAAAGUAGGUUUGCCGAGAAGUGUUGGAAAGACUGGCCAGAACAGGAUGAAACUAAAUGAGCCACUCAUUGAGAACAGGAAGCCGGGUUCGACGAAAAAAGACGGUGAUAACAUAGCCAGUGCUGGUACGAUUCCGUUUUUGCAAGACUCUCACCGUGGGAUGCGCUUUGGUGGAGCUGGUGGAAUACCAUUGAAUCAGGAAAAAGUUGCCGUGUUAAUCGACAUGGCUAUGCAGGGCUGUGAGAUGGCUGAGCAAUUGGCACAUAGUCACCAAAAACGUCCAUGCUUUAAAAAGAUCGAUAGCCUUUGCGCUCGUAUGAAGCAGGACCUUAUCCGACCGGACAAUGUUCUAGCCAAUAUUAACUCGCAGGGAGUGGCCUGGGCCGUGAAGGAUUUUAUUUUUGUUUUUACGCGUAUUAUGAAUGCUUGGAUUAUCAUCAAGGGCUAUGUUUACAACACUCCCGAAGGUUUGGAACGGAUGCAGAAAGAAUUUAGCCCAGAUUUUUUGGAAAAUUUUUUAAAAUGGCAAGACUCGACUAUCGAUUUCGUGGAUAGUUUGAUUAAAUCGUUUGGGAACUUGGACUUGCUAGAGCAGAAUCAGCGUACUAAUGGAGCACACAAAGAGUCAUCCUCAAAGACAGCAGGAAACCGUCGGUCUAAAACAGAUGAAGAGAAGGAGCGUAGCAUUCAUGAGUUGUAUGAAUACCUGAAAGACAUAAUACCGAAUUCGUCGGAUAUUAAAGUGGCUUCCUCUUCUGGUAAUGCCAGCAGCAGUGAUCUCUCGGACCGUAGCAAUAUCGUCUAUGACAGCACAAAAAGCUAUCCAUCUUCGACGGUUAAUGAUUGUGAGCAACCUCAAAUAAAACACAACGAGAAUGGUGCUUAUUUGAAAACAGGUAUCUACGAAACCGCGAAGAAGCCGCUCACUUUUGGUCCUAACACAAACAUGGGCGCUACUAAGAUACCGUUUACAUCGACACCGAAAAUUUUGAAGAAUCCCAUUCCCCACGAUAGGCCAGAUAUUCUAGAAGCUCUUUGCAACGUUCGUCAUGAUGCUGACGAUAGUAUCCACAGAGCAAACGAGGCUACGAAUAUUGCACUGGGUUCCCGGUUGCAAUUGGAUUUUUUCAACGACGCGAUUAUACGAUAUAGCUACGAUAGUGAAACGGUGGCGAAAAUUCAUUUUUUGUUGCAGAAAGUGUUCAGCUUCAAUGAAACCAAAUACUUUCUGAAUGCACAGUUUACGAAAAAUUAUUUUCCCGAUUUUCUCACAAUCAACCCCAAUUUCGUGGACAUCAAGACAAUCAUCUCAAAAACGCAGAUCGGAGGGUAUCAGAGCAUCCAUGAUAUCGUGAACGCCCUUCGUCAGAUUGUGCGGGCCGCCCGUCGCUAUUUGGAGAAAAAUUCCCACCCAUUGAUGAGAGAAACGGCUGAUGAAUUUGAACGCAAUCUGGAGGAUAUUCUUAACGAUAAAAUGUUUGAUUGUGAUGGUUUCAACCGUAAUCCUGGCCAGACGUCUCCAAAUGUCAGUACAGAUAGUAAUCACAGCGAUAGCAAUAGCGGCUCAACCAAGUCUUAAGUUUUUAUUUAUUAAGUAUUCAGCUUUCUUCUCCACAAGUUUUUAAAAAAUACGUUAGUGCUUUUAACAAAAUUGAUUAUGCUGCUCUGUGAUGUUAUAACAAGUAAAAAAAUGCAAUUUUAAAAGCGCAUCAAAGUUUCAGCCGAUUAUUCAAAAUCGAAAGUUUGAAGGUUGUUUUAGAAUAAAAAUUUGUUAGCUAAUGAGCCAAAAAGAAUGUUACGACGAACUUAGAUAGAUUUAUGAAUUCCGUAAUUGUUCCGUCAUACCAUAGUUCAAAAUCAAGUACGAUUAACUAAUUAGUAACCCCAAAUGAAUGUUGCGAUCAACUUAGAUAGAUAGUUGUUUAUUUUGACAAAUCAUAAUUCAAAAUUAGGUAGAAAUAACGGUACCCGAAAAUAAAAUAAAAAUAGUUUGGAUGAUAGGAUUCAGCUUCCGGAUUGGUUUGUGAGCAGUUUAUAAUAAGUAUUUAUUAACGAGUACCCCUAAAAAUUGGAAAAAAUAAACUCGUCAUGAACAGAGCUGCAGUUUGUCACUGUCACUGCAUAUAUUUGUGCUACUAUGACGACCAUUGCAACAUUACCACACAACGACGUGCAGCAAAACAUAAACCGACAAAACUAAUAGUUUGUUAGAGUGUUUUGGCGUCCAAAGCAUGUUGCAAGUCAGCGCACUAUGAUAGUCAAGACGAUAAAAAGUAUGUCACUUGAUAUAAUGAAAGUUUACACGUUUACUAGGGUGCAUUUGUUUACGUUGAGCUACAUGAAUACCAUUCUUAUAUAAAAUGCUAAAACUUCGAGGAGAAGAAAGGAUAUAAAUGACUCUGAACGAACUUUCAAAUACCUAAAUUCCAAUAUCGGGUAGAUAUUUCAACAAAGAGAGAAAAUUCGUUAUUUCAACUUGUUGCGAUCCUCAAUGAAAAUAAAAUGCAAUCGAACCUAGACUCGGGUAAGUCAGCAGGACCAGACAUACUCCCCGCAAAAUAUCUAAAGGAAUUCAUGGAAGAGCUUGUUGAACCCCUGACUACUUUAUUCAAUUCUUCACUUUCGUCCGGUUACUUCCCGCCGUUGUGGGAAAUUUCCCAUAUUACUCCAAUCCAUCAGAAGGGCCCUCGCUUGGAUGCUGAAAUCUACCGGGGCGUUGCUAUCGAGUCUGCGAUGUCUAAAUUAUUUGAGCGACUUGUUUACUCCCACCUUUACGUAUUGCCGGCCGUGUUUCAGCAACACAGCAUGAUUUUUUGAAAGGAAAGUCAGUUGUCACGCGCCUAUGCGAGUUUUGCCUUAUCGGCACGGAUAAUAUAUCCAAAGGGUAUCAGGUGGACUAUUUAUACAGACAUGAGCAAGGCUUUCGAUGUGGUAGGGAUAAAUAGCAUAAUGCGCACAGUGGCUGAUUUCAGCAUUCACGGUAAAAUGUUCGAAUGGAUUAGGACGUAUCUGGAGAGCAGAACGCAAUAUGUGAAAGUGUACAACAAUUCAUCUAGGUCUUUUGGUGUUGACUCAGGAGUUCUACAAGGAAGUCAUUUGGGGCCUAUACUGUUUGUCAUGGUCAUGAAUAGACUUCCAUAAUUCUUGACCAACACAGUAGUGCUUAUUUACAUGGUUAAUGUAAAGAUUUUCCAGUCACUGAAACACAUCGCUGACUGUCAUCUGCUUCAGCAGGAUUUGAACAAUUUUGAGAGUUUCGUCGAGAACAACGGAUUGAACGUAAACUCCAUCAAAUGUUCCGUUAUGACCUUUUCAAGGAGAGCUCAGUCGAAAAGCUUCGCCUAUAGGCUGGGAGGUUCGAAUCUACAACAAGUAGAGAAUGUUCGUGACUUAGGCGCAGUCUUCAGAGAACAAACGCAGCGCUGCGCUUGAGUUUAAUUUUCAUCAGCGCGCCUUCAAAUUAAACACGUAUUCUCUCUUGGUGCGAAGUGCACAAAAUUCAUAAGCACGACAGCGCAAAAUGUACCCGGCGCAGAACUCAGAUACUAAACAUUUCUUCUCACUUGUGUGAUGCGCACCUCAUUCUAUACACACACACAUACACAUCAAAUUCAAGCACCCGCUUUGUCUUCGCUCGUUCUAAACAAAGUAUAAAAACAACAGAGCGCCCCCGCCCCCGUCCGGGAUAUCUUAGGUAGCCGUGAUCCUGAUCUUCUGCUUCAUCUAUACCUGUUCCUCAGAAACGCCGAUGUCAACGUUUAAUGAUGUUUCCUUCUUUGUGUCCCUGUUUCGUAUCCCUCCUAUCCGAUCUAUAAACUUUUACUUAGUCGCGGCAAUACAUACACACACUCUUUACAGAUACACGGGCCAAAGGAUGUGCAGUCCACUGAUGAUUCAACAAAAGCCAAAGGUUGUACCGCUCAUGACAACUCUACACGAGCUGAUGAUUGCGCCGGCUAGUGACCAUUCUAUCCUGGAUUCCUCGAGUCGAGAAGACGCACCACGCUAUAUAUGGGGUACAGUCUAGGGAGGCGUUGCUGAUUAAUGGUCAGCUGCAUCCCAAUAGGAAGUAUCCCGUGUCGGGCACAGGUACAGAUCAUUGAAGACAGCAACAUCACAAUUACGAAAACACUUGUAAUACUAACCUCGAGCCAACCGCGAGUAAUCGGUUACAUAUUACUAACAUAGUUAUAAGGCAAACAUUGUCGAAAUAUUGAACUCCCGGCCCCGUCAGGUUGACGCCAUAUGAGCCUUAAUAAAAAUAUAUAUUUUGGAUAAAAAAAAACAGCGCGCCCCCAUUUGAACCGUAUACGCUUGUGUGAAGCGAAACAUCUCAACAGAGAGAGCAAUCCAGAUUCAAGCGCGCAGUAUAGAAAUACGGCGCAAGCACGGCACAAAAUUCAGCGUAAAACUGGGCGCAAAAACGGCGCUGACAACAAAACAUUUCAUCUGUGUUUCGGAGCGUUCUAAUUCGCCAGAGCGCAAGUGUACACAAGGAGUGGGAGCUCAACUGGGUACAAAAAUCUUGUUACACAUCAGCACCGGGUUGCAUUCUGAUGACUGCUUAGGCGUGAUGAUGGAUCGAUCUCUUUCGUUUAAUUGCCACAUAGAGCAAAUCGUCAAAGAAGCGCUGAAACUAUUCGCACUCACUAAAAAUUUACACCUGUUUUGUACGGUCCAAACUCGACUUUGCAAGUGUGGUGUAGCGACCGCAGUACGAUCUACAAAGGCAUGAAAAUAUUCAAAAGAAGUUUUUGAAUUUUGCGCUGAGAAAUCUGGGAUGGAGCGAAGAACACCGGCCACCAUAUAAAGAUCUCUGCUGUUUAGUAGAUCUGGAUACCAUUAGCAACAGGGACAAAAGUUGCAGACAUAACAUUUUCUUGCAACGUACUGAACGGACGGGUCAUAAGACCGCGUCUCUACGACAGGAUUCGUUUUAACACCAGUCCCGUUUCUCUCCGUCGACGGAGGAUGUUUGAUCCACCCCUGAGGAACAUAAACUACACCCAGCAUGAACCGAUCAACGUGCUGCAAAAUGUUGUUUCUUUAAAUAUGACAUCAGAAGAAAUUCGAAGAAAAUUAAGAUUAUAUUAGGCUGUCAAAAAAGUCCUGCGGUAUUUCCGCGAGGUGUCGUUGUAAGCGCGUAGUUCUAGUUGUAUUCAUUGUAUCGAGUCAUACUAUAGCUUGUUGGAAAGGUAUAUUUGCGCGCUAUAAUAUAGUCCUUGACAGUGUUUUGUUUGGUUAAGUCGUUCGUGAGUUAUAGUGUCGCAAAUAUGGAGCAAAAUAAAGAGAAAAUCCGACAUAAAGGGUGUGUCACAUCAAAUUGCAUCACGGAAAAAACGCUGUAGAAAUUCGCCCAGUAGACCGAUCCUUUUGAAAAUUUUAGACAGUAAAAUAAAAACUAUUAAACAACUUUUGGCAUUUUCUUUUUAUUCAUACUUCGAGCCCAAGCCCGUAUGCUCGCACCUUCCUCUUU